AAAAACAACAGUCUUGUAAUUUCUCGUCUUGUCUUAAAUUCGAUUUGCUGACGAAUUGUGUAUGACAAUGAGCACACCGGCGAAAAAUAACAAUGGAACUGGACUGGAGGACGUAAAUAUACCGGGUCAGGCGUACCUGCGCGAAGCCCUGACCUCCUGCACGGAUCCUUUGAAGGCCAUCGAGAGUUUUCAGCUUGAAAAUGGUGUACUUUUGCCUUCAUUGCGACCAAUGUUGCCUUUACUCGAUUUGCAUGGAGUGCGCCGUCUAGACUUCCAUACGUCUCUAAUGGAGGAGCUCCGGGACAAGUUAAUAGCUCAUAUCAACGAGAUGGGCCAAAAAGAACCUCGGGAGCGUGACAAGAAGCUUAAGGAGCUGCUCGUCAAGAGUUUCCCCGUAGUUAGAGUUAAAUCGCUACGUCCCGUGGUUAUGGCUAUUCUAAGGAACACCCAGCACAUCGACGAUAAGUAUCUCAAAAUUCUGGUUAGAGAUCGUGAACUUUAUGCCGAUACAGAUACGGAAGUUAAGCGGCAAAUAUGGCGAGACAAUCAAUCACUGUUUGGUGACGAAGUGUCGCCACUUCUAUCGCAAUAUAUUCGCGAGAAGGAGCACAUCCUGUUUGAUCACACAAACCUGAAUAAUCUGUUCUUCCAACCAACGCCCAAGGUACGACGACAGGGCGAAGUGGUCCAAAAAUUGGCCAAUAUGAUUGGAACUAGUGUAAAACUGUAUGACAUGGUGUUGCAAUUUUUGCGCACUUUGUUCCUGCGCACCCGCAAUGUACACUAUUGCACGUUGCGUGCGGAACUACUAAUGGCCUUACAUGAUCUCGAAGUGCAGGAGAUCAUAUCGAUAGAUCCCUGCCAUAAGUUCACAUGGUGCCUGGAUGCCUGCAUAAGAGAGAAAAAUGUGGACAUUAAGCGUUCACGGGAAUUGCAAGGUUUCCUAGACAACAUCAAGCGCGGCCAAGAGCAAGUUCUGGGCGAUCUCUCCAUGACUUUGUGCGAUCCGUAUGCCAUCAACUUCCUGGCUACUUCUGCCAUUAAGAUAUUGCAUCACUUGAUCAACAACGAGGGCAUGCCCCGUGACAAUCAAAUACUUAUCCUGUUGUUGAGGAUGUUGGCCCUUGGUUUAAGUGCCUGGGUGAUGAUCGAUUCGCAGGACUUUAAGGAACCGAAACUGGACUGUCAAGUGGUCACCAAGUUUCUUCCCGCCCUCAUGUCGCUAAUGGUAGACGAUCAGUGCCGCAGUUUGCAUGCCAAACUGCCACCAGAUGAACGUGAGUCGGCGUUAACCACCAUUGAGCAUUCAGGACCCGCUCCGGAUGCUGUGGAGUCGUACAUUCAAGAGAGCUCCGUGGCUAGCAUACUAGCCAUGUACUAUACACUGCACACGGCGCGUCUGAAGGAUCGCGUGGGCGUACUACGUGUCCUUGCCAUUCUAUCCGCCUGUAAGGACGAUCGAGCGUACGAGGAUCCUUUCCUGCACUCUUUGAUUGCUCUGCUUAUCCCAAUGAGCGAGGAGUUCGCCACGGAGGACUUCUGCACCACGCUUUUCGACGAGUUCAUCUUUGCCGGACUGACACGAGAGAAUGUGACUUCCCGUCACAUGCUAAAAUUGCUGUGGUAUGUGCACAAUAAGUUACCCGCCGGUCGUUUAGCCACUUUGAUGAAGGCCAUGCAACCGACGACGGCCCACAAUGAGCACAUCCAUAAGCUGUACGAAACGCUUCAAGAGAGGAUUGGAACUGGAGCGGCGGAGACACCGGUUAUUGAGGCGCCGCCCAUGGAAUUCGAUUCGCCGCUAAAGAGUGUGCCAACGCCGGGUCCUCACUAUAAUGCCCAAUAGCUAGAGGCGCCGGCAGUCGCAACACCAGCGACUGUCGUCGGAUGAUUGUGGCUAACGACGAUGAUGAUGAUGAUUGGUGGCCAUUUAUAUGGACGCUUUCUUACUUCUGAGCAGCCGGUGGGAUCACAAUCCCUAUUUAGCAUGCAUACGCAAAUCAUAAUUCUUGUUUAGACUAAGCGACCGAGUAAUCGGAUAUAGUUUACAUAUUUACAAAUGUAUGGCUUUGUUGGCGGGCAACCAAUUUGUUGUCGCUGGCUAUUAUAUAUAUAUUAUAUAUUACUGUUACGCUAGUGUAACGAUCGAUUCUAGUACACAAUAUAGAGUACAAAUCUAA